UAAUGCCUUAGUGGUUUAGUACUAUACAGUGAAAUAAAUAUUCAUUCUGGUUGAAGGUUGGUUGGAAAGUAGUUUUUCUCGCUGGUCUUACACCGAUGGUGCAAAUACAACACAAGUAGGAGCUCCUACAACAGAUUACUCUGGAGGCAAAUAUGCACUUGCUGGUGACAAUGUUGCCGGAUUUGUCCCAUUAUUAGUUUCGCCAGGGAUUGUUUUAAAUGAAAGUGACACAUACUGCUUGGACUUCUGGUUCUACAUCUCUGGUACAGCAAGAUUAGAUGUUGUUUAUUUAGGAGGGGAGUUAUUAAAUUACAAGGACCAAGUGUUGACUUGGUUUAAUACUCCAGCUACGAAAUGGCAGCAUGGAAAAGUUGAAAUAAAGAGAACGACUUAUCCUAUUAAGAUCGGAUUUCACGCUACGAGAAAUAACCAAUCAAUAAUUGCAGUUGAUGACAUCACAAUGCAACCCACAAGCUGUAAAAAUCCUACACUUCAUGUACCUGCCGAUCAGUUCAGUUGCAAAUUUGAUAUUACAUCCUCAUUUUGCAAAGGUUGGUCUCAGGGGCCUGGAAACAAGAUGUUGCUAUUUGCACAGGGUGCAAUACCUGAUACUUACUUGGAGCAAUAUGAACAUACUAGAAAUGGUGGUCGAUUUGCUUAUGUACCAGACCUCCGAGAUGGUAAGACUUCUAAUUCAGUUCAGCUUGUUUCGCCAAUCGUGACUUUAAACACCACUUCAAGGUAUUGUCUCACUGCUGCAUAUUUAAACAAUGGAAGAAGUGGGAAUUAUAAUUUUGCUGUGCAUCAAGUCAAAAAUAACGUCACAGCAGUGAUAUUUAGAUCAACAAAAAAACAGUUUUGGUGGAAUCAGUUUGGUAGAACUAUCAGAGGGUCUAAUAUACCUGUUCAGUAUAUUUUUGAAAUCGUUUUCCCCCGGAACCGCAGGUUAUCUGAUUCUUUGUUUCUUGAUGAUAUUGUAUUAUACCCAACUUCUUGCCUUGACUUGCCAUUCAACUGCAGUUUUGACCAUUCCCAGCUAUGUUUAGGUUGGUCCCAAAGCAGAUCAGAUCAACUUACAUGGCGCUUAAGAAAUAGACCAACUUCAUCAAGAAACACCGGCCCUCAAUAUGAACACACUGAAAAUAAGGGUUACUAUGCAUUUGUGGAAGCUGAUACUGGUACAGCCGGUAACCGUGGUGCAAUGUUCUCGCCAAGAAUUCAUCAGAAAAGUAAUGUCACAUAUUGUUUCGAUUUCUGGUACCACAAAAGGGGUGAGCUUGGUGCUGGAAGUCUGUUGAAUGUAUUUAAAGCAAGUUCAAAGCGUUCCACCAAAAGAAAUUUAAUCAAGAGUUUCUCUGAAGUUCACACUCAUUGGAGACAUUCUUUAAUUGAGAUGAACGGAGAAGCAGAACCAUUUAUAAUUGGAUUUGAAGUUUUACUUGGUAACGAUAAUUCCGAUAUCGCAAUUGAUGAUGUUGCAAUGUAUGAAGGGAACUGUCCUACUCCAAAAUUCAACUGCACUUUUGAUGAUGAUGUGCCACUUUGUGAAGGUUGGACUAUAGAAGAUCCAGAAACAGGUCCUGAGCAUGAUAGAUUUAAUUUUACAAGAAGUCUCCGUCAUAGGAUUACUUCAGUAAGCCUAGUGCCAUCAGAUCAUACUGGACAAGGUGGAAAAUUUGCGUAUAUACAAAGGUACCAAUACUCUUCAUGGGCCACUACAUCAGCAUUGCUAGUUACACCAAACAUUUCAAUUGAAGCAAACACAUCAAGAUGCCUUGACUUUUGGUACUACAUCCAGGGUCGUACAAGUAGUCGUCUAGAAGUCUACUUGUAUAAUCACCCAACCAGCUUACAAUAUAACAACGUGCUGACUUGGUUCACACAGAGAACAACAGAAUGGGUGAAUGCUAAAGUUAAUGUCCCUGGAUCUGCUCAGCCAAUACGGAUUGGUUUCCAUGGGGAGAGAUCAGCCUACGCUAAUGUAUUGUUUGAUGAUGUUGUUCUUCUACCUACACAAUGUCCAGAUGACACUGUUGGGCUAUCUGAAUUCACUUGUUCUUUUGAUAAAACUGAAGACUUUUGUCACGGUUGGAAACAAAGUAUGUCAGAUGAUCUUGACUGGUUGUUCAUUAAUAGAAUAAAUAUAACUGAAACUCACGUGGUGGUGGAAAGACAGAAAAAUGGUGGGAUGUUUGCUUAUGUGCCAACAAGUAGAUUUACAAAUGGAACAAGGGCUGUUCUUCAUUCACCAGAUGUGAUGCUUAACACAUCUGAAGAGUAUUGUCUUUCUUUCUACGCACUAAUGACGCAUGCCUCUCCUGGUCAAUUUCUCAAUGUUUAUAUGCAUGAUGGACAGUCCAAGCAACUGAUUCAUUCUGUGAACACACCUAUCUACUGGCAAGGGAUUCACAUACAAAUCAGACCUGAGAAUCCCAAUGCCCAGUUUUCGUUUGAAGCAAUUGCUGGAAUUGGAUCGGUUUCCAAUAUUUCUAUUGAUGACAUCACAAUACACAGUGGGUCAUGUGUUGGACGAAACUUUAAUUGUUCGUUUAAUUGGGGUUUGUGUGGAGGCUGGUCGGCAUCAUCUGUUCACCUGAAUUGGUUCUUUUCACCAAGCGUGAAUACCCCAACAUUUCAAGACCACACUGGAAAUGGUGGAUACUAUGCUGGUAUUGUUGAUGCUACAAACAGACCACCUGGCAUAACAGCUGUAUUAACAUCACCCCCUAUCACACUUGCAGUUGAACAAGUUUAUUGUGUUGAUUUUUGGUUAAAAAGUCAUCAAGAUUUCAACAACACAGCAAUAGUAAAUGUGAAUAGCAAGUUAUCUGGAAAAACAUCCUUAGUGUCAACAUGUCAAGUGAUGACCAGUAUCUGGGAGAAUUGUGUUUCUUCUAUUACUCCGAAUGUUACUGGUUUGUACCAGAUUGAAUUCGAUGUAAUACGCGACACAGAGACUGUGUUCACAAUUAUGAUUGAUGACAUCACAAUCUAUCCUGCUCCAUGUGUCGUUUAAUACAAAACAGAGAGACUUGGGAUAAAAAAUAAACGACUUUUGCAUUUA